UCCUCUAUCGUAUAACAACGCUUAAGAUCCACGCUCUCUCAAGUUGAGCUUCGCGCAGUAUUUUGUCGUGGUAUUGGCAUGGCUCCUCCGUAUGGCACGGAUACCGCCACAGGCUAUUGGGGGACAGUUACCUCGACAAUCGAUUGGUGUGAAGAGAAUUAUGUCGUAACUGAGUAUAUUGCAGAAUUCUGGAAUACCAUUAGUAAUCUUGUGAUGAUAAUCCCACCCGUGUUUCUGGCUGUAUUGGCAUUGAGACAGAAACUCGAGAUGAGGUUGCUGAUGUGUAACAUUAGUCUGCUAAUGGUUGGUGUUGGAUCUUGGUGCUUUCAUAUGACUUUGCUCUACAGUAUGCAGCUUUUAGAUGAAUUACCCAUGAUAUGGGGCACAUCAUUCCUUGUCUAUUCCUUUGCAGAAAUAAGUAGUCCACCCGGGCACCAGAACAGGCGGCUACAAAUAUUUUUGUUUAUCUAUUGUGUCGUAGUUACUGCUGUCUAUUUGUCGAUAAAGAACCCAGUCUUUCAUGAAUUUGCAUAUGGUUUAUUGGUAGUGAGUCUGGUGGUUUUUGCAAUGAAAGUCAUCAGGAAAUGUGAACACAAUCUGAUAUUAGUUAUAUCUGGAAUGAGUAUUUACUUAUUUGGAUUUCUAUUGUGGAAUAUUGACAAUAACUUUUGUCCACGAAUUAGGAGUGUUCGUUGGAAUCUUGGUACACUUGGCCCCAUCAGCCAGUUGCAUGCAUGGUGGCAUCUGUUGGCAGGUAUUGGGACCUAUUUAGCUAUUAUUUUCUGCAUUCAUACAAGAUAUUUAUAUUUAAAGAAGGAUCCAAGUAUAAAGGUAAAAUCAUCUAUAUAAUAAUCUGCUUGUUCAUUCACC